CUUUAAUUCUGCCUGGCCAACCCAGCUGGCUGAAAUAUUUCUCAGAUUCUCUGAAAAGGAGAUGCGUCUUUCAAUAUAUACUAACCUAAUUUCACUUUCCUUUUUUAUUUGACCCCUAGCACAUUUUUACAAUCGACUAGUAUGGACUGGCUGAUAUUCUGAUUAGGCUUAUGUAAAAAAGUAGAUAUUAAUUUGGGUGUGGUUUACUAAAAAUGUGACAAGCUAAAUAGGUUUAUCUACCCACUUUAAAUAUGGUUAUAUAUAAGUUUUACAUUUCAGUUUAGUUAUAUAUUCUAACUGGGAUGCAGAGAUAUCUUUUGAUGACAUUCAUUUUUGCAGUAUGAGUGAUGAUAAAACAAACAUGGUAGUUAAAACAGAAAUUGCUAAACCUCUGUAUUAUCAGAAGUUAGAAAAGAGUUUGGACAUAGCUCCUUUCCUGACAUAUGUUGAAGACUUUUUAAAACAACCAUUAGGUGAGGAUGGAGAAGCCUCGAGCGAUUCUGACACGGAAUUAGCGGGUGUUGAUGCUUAUACAGGAGAAACGGUAUGGAACGGUAUUACUGCAACUAAAGAAGAUAGAAUAGCUGACAAGAAGAGGCUUUAUAACUUGAGUAAUGUAAGCUUAGAUAGGCAGUGGUUGGUAGAUGUUCUACUAAGUGACACAUCAGAUUCCUCCGAUGAUGAAGAAGUAACAGAGGAGGAUUUGCAAGACAUGCUACGUGAACAUGUACUUAGGAACAAGUAUAAAAAAAGAUUCUACCACAAUCCAAAAAAUCAGGAAUACAUGUACUAUGGCACGGGACUCCUCUCUAAUUUUGAUAAAUACCCUGAGCAUCAAAGUUCCAGUUCUGGUUUUGUUAAGAAAAAGAAAUUUGUUUUUCAAAAGAAAGAAAAGUUGAAAAAACAAGAUCAACCAACUGAAAAUUUUAAUGUAGAAAGGAAGAAAAGAAAGAUUAAAGAAGAACCAGAUUUACAACUAAUGAGCAGGUCGAAAAAGGAAAUGAACCAUAGGAAAAAAUCAGCUCAAAACAAAGCUGCAGAGAUUAUGGCACACCGUAGACGCAAAAUUUGGGCAAAUAUGGCAAAGAAAGAAAUCGGAAAGGUUCAGCGCUAUAGGAUAAGCAAUCAUAAGGAGAUUUUAACGGCAUGUAGGCGAGCUGCUACUAAUUGUAUGAGGCACUGUCGACAACGUGCAAUGCAAUCCCAAAAGAAUAUGAAAGAAGUCAUCUGGAGAGCAAAGAGAUUAACACGUGAAAUGCAAGUAUACUGGAAAAGAUUUGAAAGAGUGGAAAGAGAGACGAGAAGAAGAAUGGAGAAAGAAGCCGAGGAACAGAGGAAGUUAGAUGUAGAACUGAUGGAGGCUAAGAGGCAGCAAAGGAAAUUAAAUUUCCUCAUUACUCAAACAGAACUCUACGCUCACUUUAUGUCGCGUAAGCUUGGCGGCGGAACGACCGAAGAUCAACUUCGAAUCCUGAGCCAACUUGAAGAGGAAGCAAAUCCUAGGCUACUACCUUUAGACGACUAUGAUUGUGAGGCAGAGAAAGAAAAGGUAUGGAAGAAAGUUGAAAAGGUGUUCUUUCUGGAAGAGGCUCGAGCGAGGGAGUUUGGAGUCAGUCAGAAAAUGGAAGGCGACAGAGACGUAGGGGAAGAUAAACCUCAACCGCAGAUAUUUCGUGGAACUCUCAAAGGAUAUCAAAUAAAGGGAAUGACAUGGCUUGUCAAUUUAUAUGACCAGGGUAUCAACGGAAUCUUGGCAGAUGAAAUGGGAUUGGGGAAGACAGUCCAAUCGAUAGCCUUUCUGUGUCAUAUUGCUGAAAAAUAUUCUGUUUGGGGUCCAUUUCUUAUAAUAUCACCAGCUUCUACAUUACACAAUUGGCAGCAGGAAAUGCAGCGUUUUGUACCUGACUUUAAAGUUGUGCCAUAUUGGGGAAAUCAACAGGAAAGAAAAAUAUUGCGCCAAUUUUGGGAUCAAAAAGGACUACAUACAAAAGACGCUAGUUUCCAUGUAGUGAUUACAAGUUACCAACUUGUGAUAACAGAUAUAAAGUACUUCAACAGGAUAAAAUGGCAGUAUUUGAUCCUAGACGAAGCUCAGGCUAUCAAAAGCACUACGAGUAUGCGUUGGAAAUUACUCCUUGGUUUCAAUUGCCGCAAUAGAUUACUUCUCAGUGGAACGCCCAUACAAAACUCGAUGGCUGAACUUUGGGCUCUUCUUCAUUUUAUAAUGCCUUCCAUGUUCGAUUCGCACGAUGAAUUCAAUGAAUGGUUUUCUAAAGAUAUCGAAAGUCAUGCAGAGCACAAAACCAGCAUUGACGAAAAACAUUUGUCCCGGUUGCAUAUGAUCCUGAAACCGUUCAUGUUGCGGAGAGUGAAAACAGACGUUGAGAAUGAACUAUCCGAUAAAAUAGAGAUCAUGGUUUAUUGUCCCCUGACGACGAGGCAGAAGAUGUUAUAUUCAGCUGUAAAGAAGAAAAUUCGAAUUGAAGAUCUAUUACACUCUUCUGGAUCCUCGUACCAAUCAGCGCAGAGUAUCACUUCAAAUUUGAUGAACCUCGUGAUGCAGUUUCGAAAGGUCUGUAAUCACCCAGAAUUGUUUGAGCGAAGGGAACCACGAUCUCCUUUUGCGAUGACUACAGAAGAUUACGUUGUCCCUGCACUCAUCACGGACGCGCUGUUCCCUGGUGAUAAACUUCACCUCCUCAAGAACCAUUUAUCACCAUUUAAUCCCAUUCAUUCCCAUAAAUCUUUAUUUAGCGAGGAUGAAUACGAGAGGGAUAAUUCAUUCUCAUUCACUCGAAUCUUGAGGAUAUCCAUUGGGGAACUUUACAAGCUAAUGUUCUUUGGAAUUCAUUACAGGUGGCACAAUAUUAUAGCGAGAAUGCAAGAAGCAAGAAGUAAACUAGUUGGAAUUAUCGAAGACAGAAGCUACCCAAGUGAUCUUGUUUUCACGACUUAUUCCAAUCAAGUGUUUUCCCAUUCGACUGUUAGGAUAGAAAGUAUGCCCGAGACGAUCGAGCAUCGCAUCAUCAGGUCCAAGAAAGCUAAGCAGGGAGAAUGUGCGGGAGAAGAUGGUGCUAACUUGUUACCGUUGUUCCCUCACAUCGUACGGAAGCCUCAGGUCCUCACGUGCCAGCCAGUCUAUUUGCCACCAUUCCUCUUCACUCCCACCGUAAAGGUGGAAAUAAAGAAGAGCAGAAGACUGUACAGCUGGAACCGGAGGUGGAGUUGGAUAUCUUCCCGCCUUUGGGGAGAGGGCGGAGGGCUGUGGCGUGUUCUCUGGGAAGGGGAAAAGCCAGAACCCAGCUUCCAGUGCCCGCCUCCCGCCGGUCUGCUUAGCCUCCGUCCAAUCACUGGCUGGUCGAGUAUAGUCAUACCUGAUAAGCAGACCCUGGUAACAGAUGCUGGAAAACUGUACGUCUUGGAUGGUCUGCUCACUCGGCUAAAAGAGCAAGGGCAUAGAGCUCUGAUCUACUCCCAGAUGACGAGGAUGAUAGACUUGUUAGAGGAAUAUAUGUGGUACCGAAAGCAUACUUAUAUGAGGCUAGAUGGUUCUUCUAAGAUAUCAGACAGAAGGGAUAUGGUCGCUGACUUUCAAACAAGAGAGGAUAUAUUUGUAUUCUUGUUGAGCACAAGAGCUGGAGGCCUUGGAAUAAACCUUACUGCUGCCGAUACUGUGAUAUUUUACGACAGCGAUUGGAAUCCUACCGUCGACCAACAAGCGAUGGACCGAGCCCAUCGGCUAGGUCAGACUAAGCAGGUGACCGUCUAUCGGCUCAUUUGUAAGGGAACCAUCGAAGAAAGAAUCUUGCAGAGAGCUCAAGAGAAGAGCGAGAUCCAAAGGGUCGUGAUCAGCGGUGGUAACUUCAAACCGGACACCCUUAAGCCCAAAGAAGUGGUUUCCCUUCUGCUCGAUGAUGCCGAGAUAGAACAAAAAUAUCGACAGAAGCAGGCAGAGAGGAGGCAACUUGAAGAAUCGAGGCAAGAUAUUUACAGGGAAAGAGAAAGGAAAAGAAAAAAUGCUCUAGGAAAUUAUAAGGAUACGGUGAAGCAUAUGAAAACUGAAGAUGGAGUCGUUGAGGUUUACCAAGGUGUUAAAUCACCAGCGGAAAGUCCUAAAGGCGCAGAUGUCAUGAAAUCGAGCCAGGACUCCAACGAUAAUACUGAUCAGGAAGAUCCUGUCAGCAGUCAGACACCACCUAAAAUUUCGAGGCCUUUCAUGCCUGAUAGGGUGCGGUCGAGACGGGGACGCCCGCCUAGGAAUUGCCACAGAGGCAAUAGCUCGAGACCAGUCUCAGUGGCUAACAUGCCUCCGAUCGCUUUAAGCAACAGGAGCAAUCGUCGAGGUCCAGGUAGGCCAAGGCUGAGGCCAGUAGGUCCCGGUCACAUUGGCUCACGUGGUCCUCGGGGAAUGAGAGGACCGGGAAGAAAACCGUCGGUACCAGCUCUCUCGAUCAGGCCAAAUCAGGCACCCUCUCAGAUGUCGCUGCAAAACCAUCAGCCACAAAUAAAGGUCGAGAAUUCUUCCUAGUUUUCUACAUCCUGUUGUUUAAACGAGUUUGAUUUUACCUUAUAAUUGUUUCUGUAUAUGCGUGCACAUAAAUAAUGUAUUUGUAUUAAUGUAUAAAUGUAAAUAAAUUCUUUAUUUAAAUAUUGUAUUAUUGUAAGAUACUAAUUUUGUAUACAAUAUUUGUUUUUCG